CUUGGAAUGGUAUACAUCAAAUUCCAUCCGAUACUCAACCUACCGCUCGCGUCACCAUGGAAGCGGUCCGUUUGUGUCAUGUUGAAUUCGCCAUUUUGAUGCUUCUUGGCGUGGGCUACGGCGACGAACGUCUCUACUUCAGCGCAGCUAGCUAGAUUAGCUACAAACAUUCAACAUAGAAUCUCAUACAGUUACAAGGGGAUUUUAAUUCGUAUUAUUAGUCGGACAUUUAACCGAGGAGGUCAUGAAGAUUUGGAAAACGUUUUCGUACCCCGGACGUCAAAUUUGAACGACUAAUCGGAAUGCGAAGUCCGAAUUUGUCUGUUUUCUAACUUUGCCAGUUAACGUUAAGUAGUUAGCCAAGAUAGCCACCACCAGGUUGCUACUCAGCCGCAAGCCUUGAAGACGUAGCUAAAAGCUAUCUAUGAUAUUGAAUUAUAUGGAAAACAUCAAUCAGAAGAGGUACUGGCAGCGACGUCGCCCUGACACUCCAUUUCUGAACAAUGAAUGAUGUUAGAAGCAAUGGAAACAUUUUGUGGGCUACCUAGUUACCAAUACAGUUAGCUGAAAUACAACAGGGGCUUUCAAAUAUAACAUUCCACUCUGCUUUUUCCCCCCGUCGUGGCUAUGUAGGGAAAGCACAGCAACCUUACAAGUGGUUUUAUUUUUCACUCAACGUUGCUUUCACUGUUCACGUUCCAGUUGUCUCGUAGAACAAAACAAAUAACAUUUAUUCAUAAGAAGCUGCAAAUAUGAAGUAUUUUAAUGUCAUGCAUUGAUUAUGCUUGGACAUGUUCAAAUGUCUUUCCCAAUACCAGCUGCCUACAGGUCUAAAACUUAUUGUUGAACUGACUAUUACCAUAUAAAGACAUAUCUGAGUGCAAUUGUACUGGACGGCAACCACAGUAUUGCCACUGUGAAAUACAGCACCGAAGAGGCUAAAUCUACCCACCAAGAUGACGAUUCAAAGUAAAGGACAAUAUUGCUGUCCUCACAGAAAUGUGAAUGCUUCAUUAGAUUUCCCCAUUUGACCACAUCCAAAGGACCAUCCAUUAUGAUUUUUGGAUUGAUAUCCCAAGAGUUACACGAAAAGCUCCUAGACCUCAAAAACUACCAAAAUCGAACAAAUGGUGUGGAACAGCUGAAAAAUAUCCUCUUUGGAUUGGACUUGAAGCCAGUCCCCUCAGACAGUAUUGUGGAGUUUAUCAAUUUUCUCCGCAGACUUCUAGAUGACAGCAACUUCAAAGUUUUGUACGGCACUUUACAGGUGAUAAACCUACUCAUUCAGAAAUUGGAUUACAAUGUAGACACAUAUUUCAAACAGUUAGCGUGUGUGGCUCUGAAAACCCUUGGGGACACCCGCGCUGUCACCAGGAAUGAGUAUAUGAAUGUGUUCAGGCAGUUGACUAGAAUUGUAGGGCCACAGAAAGUGUUGGACCUUGUUAUUGGACACCUGAGACACAAGAACUCCCGGGUCAGAGAGGAUGUCAUCAACAUCAUCACAGCAGCUAUGCUCACCCACCCCAGGAAGGACUUCAACAUCCCCAGCCUCUGCUUUGAAGUUGCACCAUACCUGGCAGACAGCAAGAAGAAGGUCCGCCAUGCAGCCCUAGAACUAUUUGCCGUUUUUGACCAUUGCCUUGACACAGGGAAAAAACAGCCCCUAAUGAAGGCUGUAAACAGAGUUGAGCUCAAUGGGGAUGUGGAGGGUCUUAUGGCAGCUGUGCAAGCAAGAAGAGCCAGGCACAUACUUCCCAGACUGUCCUCGGAUGGAAUGGUGGAGUAUGCCCUUGUAAUCCCUAAACCAGGACAACGAUGCUCACCUCAGUUUGGGUCGGGAGCUGACCUGGAGUGGGUGCUCAAUGGUGGGCGGAUCAGCAGCGCCAGGAGCAUCAGGACAGAACCAGACUCUGACAGGCUGUAUCAUGGUUAUGGAAGCUUGGGCUCCCUUGUUGAUGACCUUCCACUGCAGAGGAGAAUUGUCAGUGCAGGCAAAGGGAAGAACAAGCUGCCCUGGGAGAGGUCAAGCCUCCCUUCCACAGUGAACACCCAGCCAUGCAGUGCCCCUAAGGGGAAAUCCUCUGAUCAGAUGAUCUCCUUCCCUUGGAGCAGUUUGCCACCAAAAUGUCUGGAAUACACUGUGCAACAAGUUUCAGUGAGCAUUCAGGUCAUCAGUGAAGACUGCCUGUCCCAUACCCGGAAGCUGAGUCCGGAGACAUAUGUCCCCAGUUUCGGUUCUGCAGAGCCCCAUAAAACCCUGUCCUCUAGGAGGGAAUCCCCUGGACGCUUGAGAAGGAGUGGGAGCCUUGACUUAGACCCUGACAUCUUUAAAUCUACCAACUUCUCUGACACAGAGGGAGUGGUACACAAGGCCCGUCUCCUCUCUGGGACCUCCGGCUUUGAGCACACCUUAUCCAACCCCUCGGCCCAGGGCACCUUCCUACUGCCCUCCUACCCUCUGGCUACACUCCCCGGGGGCCUGCUGACCCCAACACUGUCCCACCGCCGCGCUGACUCCUCACUGUCAAUGUCCAACACUUGGCCCAACAAGAGAGAGAGCAGCCCUCAAAGACGAGACCCCAGCCCCUGGAAAGACAUAUCAAGUGACUUCUCAUCCAGCAGGUGUUCUCCACGGCCUCACCGUGCUUCUCUGGUGAGCUCCUCAUCUGCCUCGUCUUUCCGACAGGCUCUGAGCAGGACGCGGACCGGGCUGCCUAUCUCCCCAUCCCCAGGCCUUCUCCUGCCAGAGCGGGGCUUGUCUCAGAAUGGCCAGUGGUCUAGUCCUCUAGCUCCGUCUCCAUCCAGCCUGCAGGACCACCUGUCUGAGAGGGACCUUCACCUAGACCUGGAUCACCUCAGCCUGCAGGACCAAGACCAGGAAGAGGACCCCUUGGACCGGCAGGAGAUGUUGAACUCCCUGCGCUCUCUGCGCUGCAGCGCAGCUAAGAAGAAGGCCAAGGUGAGUCUGAGUGGCUCAGACCCUGACCCAGAUAGCCCAGACUCGGCCAUGAAACUGGAGCUGGCUCUGGACUCCCCCUCUCACAACUCCCCCACCGUCACCAGUCCAGCUAGCGAGAGCGGCCUCUCCAGCCUCUACUCACCCCCAAACACCACCCUCAAUGGCACCAAAACCAGCCCUGGGAAUUCUGCCUCCUCUUCAACAAAGCCUCACAUUGCUAGAGUGCCUUCUGCUAAGCUGAGAUCUUCUGUCUCCAUGGACUUCAGUGCUCUUCAAGGCUUUCCACUCAGAGAUAAAAUCAUACCUGAAGUGAGUGUGGUUGGUCAAAGAGUCACCUACUCGAACGGACCAAUGGAACCUGAGGAAGAGGACAGGACUACAGAAUACUCUCCACCCCCAAGUAGACUAGCCUGCCGUGAGCCAAUCAGAGCCCUGAGGCCUGCCAAAGGUUCCCAGAGCUACAGCAACAGGAACUCACCAGCCACUGACAUGCCUGAAGGUGUGGUUGGCAGAGGAGUGUUUGGCUCGGUGGUUCUGUCCAGCCGUCCAGGGGUUGCCAUGUCGAUGGAGCAGGGUGACUGUAUGACCAGGCUGCCCAGUGACCCCCCAACUGGCAUCUAUGGCCAUGCAGUCCCCGGCAACCAUCUGGACCCCGACGACAUCCCAGCCUCAGAGGUGGCCAGGGAUAAGGAGAAGGUGAGAAUGACAAGGUUUGCUCGGGACAAGAUGCGGCAGCACCGAUUGGAGCAGCAGGAGGGCCAGGUUGCCCUGGGGGAUCGCCAGAGAGCUGAUAGGAUGCGUCUGCGCCUCAGACAGGUGCAAAAUGACGUGGCUACAGAGGAUACAGCAGCCAUUUCCAACGACUUUCAUUUGAAUGGUAGCAUGGUGACGUCCACCAAGGCUGACUCUCUCCAAGACGAGUCACCCACCAGCCCCCAGGGAUCCCAGAGCCCUAUUAAAUGUUUCAGUCCCCCCCACCAGCCCAGCCCCCCCACGGUCCCUGCCAACCCCGGGAGCACCCUGCCCCGCCUGAGGAGGGCUCCCAGUCUCAGCAGGACACGGCUGUCUCUCUCACACAGCUCAGAUGAGAUGUCCCCAGGCAUUCCCAGCCAGAAGAGAGACCUGACAGAGCAGCCUGAACUACGGCCCUUCUCCAAACCUGAGCUAGCACUGACACAGAGCUUCAAACUCCUCAACUCAGACGACUGGGAGAAGAAGAUUGAGGGCCUGACCUUUCUCCGUGGUCUGACGCAGUACCAUUCAGACAUACUGCUUAACAGGCUGCAUGACGUCUGUCUCGCACUCAUCCAAGAGGUGAGGAACCUUCGUUCGGGUGUGUCCCGUGUUGCGGUUGGGGUAAUGGGUGAGCUGUACACUGCUCUGCAGAAGGGCAUGGACCAGGAGCUGGAGGGCACAGCCAAGGCUCUGCUGCAGAAAGCUGGGGAGUCCAACGCCUUCAUCAGACAGGAUGUGGAUGCAGCGUUGGACAGCAUGGUGCAACACUGCACCCCGACACGCAGCCUGAAUGCUCUGCUCACCAGCGGCCUCAGUCACCUGAACUCUGUGGUGAGGAAGUGCGCGGGUCAUCACAUGGCCAACCUGAUGGAGAACAUUGGUGCUGCCCGCCUGCUGUCUGGAGGGAAAGACCUCACCGACCGAAUACUACCUGCCGUCACCAAGCUGGCACAAGACUCCUCCCAGGAAGCUAGGUACCAGGGGCGCCGGAUGCUGUUAUUUCUGUCACUGCACAGUGAUUUCGAUAAGAUGUUGGAGAAAUAUAUCCCUGCCAAAGACCUGGCUCCCAUCAGAGACACUGUCUUCACACUGAAGACUAAGGGCCUGGGAGAGAUGCCCCAGGACACCCCGUCAGCCAGGGGCCGGCGUUCCCACCCUGGCAGUGGGACAGUGAGGGCCUCAUCUCUCAACAGGGAACCACUCAAAGUGAUCAACAGGCAGUCUGGGCAGUACAACGGAAGACCUCAAGCUCACAGCAUUGCAGACAAGAUCGAGUACAUCAAGCAGCUCACAGCCCUGCUGGGUUCAAAGGACUUUAGAGAGCGCAUCAAGGGCAUCGACCAGCUAAUGGUGGACUGCGAGCACAACCCCAACAUGGUCAUCAGCAGUAUCUUUCCGGUGUUUGAUGCCUUUAAGGCCAGACUGCAGGAGUCCAACAGUAAGGUCAACCUGUACGCUCUAGAGUCUCUGCAGAAGAUUGUCACUCUGAUGAAGGAUAACCUUGCCCAGGUAAUCUACAUCCUGGUCCCAGCCAUCGUGGACAAUCACCUCAACUCCAAGAACAACGCUAUCUACACUGCUGCUAUUGGAGCCAUCCACACACUCAUCCAAAACCUGGAUAACGCUCUCCUCCUCCAGCCCUUCUGCACCAAGGCCCAGUUCCUGAGUGGUAAGGCUAAGGUGGAUCUCAUAGAGAAGGUUGCAGAUCUGGUGAUAGAAUUAUAUCCACGUAAACCCCAGGUGGUGGAACAGAAGGCGUUACCCCUGCUGUGGCACCUCCUGGGCACAUCCAGCCACAGUGGCACUGUCCACGGCCGGGGUGGCAGCGUGCGAGGAGCCACCUCCAACCUGUGCCAAGCCCUCUACACCCACAUGGGGCCUGGGCUGGCAGAGUUCGCCGCUUCCCAGUCUGCCAACGUCCACAAGAGCCUCAACGAGCUCAUGAGGACCCUCUCCUACCCCUGAGGGCCCCUCAGAAAACACAACCUUCAAAACACAAUCACCCCCCCCCCCCCCC